AUGAAAUGUGACAACUACUGCCCAAGAUGUGGUGAGCCAGAGGAGUCAGUAACACAUGCUAUUUUUGAAUAUCCACCUGCUCUACAAGUUUGGCUACACUCAUCGACUCCAACGAAUCCUGACGUUUUCCCAGCAGCAAGCAUAUACACGAAUAUGAACUAUCUCUUCUGGGAAAAAAACGGUUCACUUGAACCAGAACAAGAUAGGGAUCCUUAUCACUGGCUAAUUUGGUAUAUUUGGAAAGCUAGGAAUGACAAACUAUUUAGGGGAAUAGACAGAGAUCCUCUGGAGCUAGUUCGAUAUGCUGAGAGUGAGUGUCAAGCUUGGUUUAAUGCUAAUGAGACGAUACCACCAGUAGUACAAGGGAGUAAUGUAGUGGAUCCUCAAUGGGAGAAAUACACAACUCAUGGGAUCACAGAAUUUCCCCAGAAGAGAAUCAGCUCUGCACUCAGAAGUGGAAGCACUGCGAUGGGCGAUGGAGAAUAUGCUUCAGCAUUCAACAUGUCAGAGAUUCGGAACAGACUGCAAAGAAUUGAUUACUAUGAUCAAGGAACCGCAUGCUUGGCCAAGUUUUGCUACGGAACUAGAGAGGAUAGAGACAUUGCUCAUAUGCUUCCCGGAUUUCGAGAUUUCUUAUAUUCCUAG